CCAUUCAGCAGAGCAUCCACCACCUCCUCCUCCAUUGAAGCUUUCUCUCUGUCUCUCUCUCCUCUCUCUUGUGAUGAAGCAGUUAAACCAUAUGCUGAUGACUUAAAUAUGCAUUUGUCACGGGGCCUUUUGGGGUAUGCAUUGUUUCGGUUAGAAGCAACUUCCUAUUCUCUGCAGCCUUUUUGAAUGUCUGAAUUGAUUUUCUUGGGGCAAACAUAGCAUAUAUCAGGAAACAUUACCUUAAAUGGUUGAUUUCGGGAUGGUUAAUGUUGCCGAUGAAGACAGUCCCAUUACCCCUUUCGCUCACACACAUGAGCUUGUGACAUUAAACAAUGUAUAGAGUCUGGGGAAGCGUGGAGGUGAUGAUGGGUCAAAUAUAGGAAAAAAUCCUCGGAGUGAGCGAACGGUUUUACAGGGCUUCAUUAUUCAUUAUCUUAUGGAAUCUAUCCACUUUGCUUUCGCCGUUAUACGGCGGCAAGAUCUUUAUGGAAAAUGCUGCUCAUAUUUUGAUCAUCAUGAUUCAUGUGGAGGAGGUGAUUCCCAUGCCACCCUCUGCUUUUCCUCCCUCUCCCUCCCUCUCCCUCUCCCUCUUUUUCUAAAUGGCAUAUUUAGAAAAAUGUUUAGAUUGAUGGAUGUCAACUUUUAGUACGGAAACUCACUGUUGUUUGUUUGUGGUGGGUAUUUUCAAAGGAUUUAAUUGGUUAAAAGGGGAAUGAAAUAAUGACGUGUAUUUAUGGUUUUUUUUACCAAGGCAAUAAGGCCAACCCAAGUUUGGAUUCGAUCACCAACAAAACCGUUUUGAGAAAUACUUUGCUUGUUGCCAAAACACAAAAACAAUAAAGUGUUUCCAAAAAUUUCAUUGGAGCACCGGAUCUGUCUCCGAGUGGCGUAAAUUCGUCGUUCCUAAAUCACACUGAAAACAGAGUCAAUCUUGACAUGAAAACCCCCCACCAAAAUGUCGGAGACGCAUCCAAAAUGUUCUCUGGAAACGAAACGACACCGUAUCAGCAAAAGCGGAAAACACAGCGCGCCAGAACCAGAGCAAGAGGAUGAUUAUGAUGAAGGGGGGGAAGAAGAACAGCAACAGAAUGAAAGGAGAAGGAGAAGAAGCAAAAGCAGAAGCCGAAGCGGAGGAGGAAAGACAAGGACGGCAUCGUCCAAGGACCCUCAGGUGCGUCUGGCAAUCUACGUGGCCAUGUCGCAUGCAGGGUUGGUUCUCUCUCUGGCUCUUCUCUUUGGGUUGGCGAAGCUUCUACAAGGCUACUGGCGCCCAAUUCAAUGGGCAAUCCUCUGUUCCGUGCCCUUACGCGAGGUCCAGAGGGCCCUUGUGUCCUUCUGGUCUCACCCUCUCAAUCUGGGCCUCUUCGAGACUUUCAUGGCCAUUCCCAUUGCCGUCCUCCGCGCCACAACCGGCUCUCUCAUCGACUCCCAGGCCGCCCUCCUUCGCCUCUUCCGUAACCGCUCCCCGCCUCGCCGCCGUAAUGGGAAGGUCGGGUUCUUCAAGCUCAUGGAAUGGCUCGUCUCCUUCGGCCUCUUUGUCAUUGUCCACGAACGCAUUGGCCUAGCCUCUGUUCCUGCCAUUGCCAUACCUUGCUUUUUGGUGUACGUCACUGGUCGUGGAAAUCUAUUCACCUAUGGAGUCGCUCGGACUCUCUCUUCAAUUUCAUCUGUUCGGCGCGGCAAUAGAAGUUUUUCCAAUGAAAAUAGAUCCAUGUGGAGUAAAAUCAGCCGGUAUAUUACUUCAAGAAUGCGUGAGAAAUUGAAGAUAAUUGCUGCAGUUGGACUCAUCACCUUCAUGAUUAUUGGGUCACUAUUUGGACUUGUGUUGUUUUCUUAUAAGAUUGGGAUUGAGGGGAAAGACGCAGUCAUUUCGCUGAAGGCCCAUUUGGAGGAAAGCAAUUAUGCGGAGAGAAUUGGACUCAAAAGUUGGAUGGAUGAGAAUCAAGUUCCAGAAUUGAUAGAUACUUAUACAGAAAAAUUUUAUGCAACAGUGUCCGAAAAUAUCGAUUCUUUAGCUUCAUAUUACAAUGUGACUGAGUUCGUUGAUGGUGUGCGGCGUUUUAUCAUUAGACCUUUGAGGAGUCCCCAUGGUUCUAGUGUUCCUGAAGAAGUUCGGUACGGGCCCUUGUCCGAGAAGCUGUCUUUAAUUCAGUCAGGGGUAUGGAACAGAGAGUGGAAAGUGAUUUAUAGGGAUAUCGAUGGUGUGUUCAGGGAAUUCGUGUCGGUGAUUGCUUGGGAGGACUUGAUGGAGAAGACGAAAGCAUUUCUUCUUCAGAGUUUAGAUGUCUCGAAACAGGUACUCGCUAGUGGUACUAUGGUUUUAACUGGAGGUGCCAGCAUGUUAUUCUCAAUGGCGGUUUUGAUUGUUUCUGGGGCAGCAGAGUUGUUGAAUUUCAUUUCCCAGCUGAUGGUGUUUCUCUGGCUUUUAUAUUAUCUAAUCACUACAGAUUCUGGGGGUGUUAUGGACCAUGUUCUGGGUAUGUUGCCUCUUUCAAAAUCUACCCGGGAUCGAUGCGCCCAAGUUCUUGAUAAUGCUGUUAGUAGUGUUCUGUUGGCUUCUGCUAAGGUUGCAUUGUUUCAAGGGUGUUUCACAUAUCUUUUGUUUAGAUUCUACUGCAUUCAUUUCCUGUACAUGUCUACCUUCCUUGCUGUUAUGAGCUCGGUUUUGCCCAUAACCCCUGCUUGGCUAUCAUCAAUACCAGCAGCAGCACAGCUGGCUAUGGAAGCAAAAUAUAUUGAAGCUAUUUCUUUGACAGCAAUCCAUCUCAUACUUUUGGAUUAUGGCACAACUGCUAUCCAAGAUGAGAUACCCGGGCAGAAUGCAUACUUGACAGGGCUUAGCAUACUUGGUGGCAUUGCUCUUUUCCCCUCUGUUUUGGAAGUAAUCUCUCCACCCUAUUGUGCUGUGCUUUGUACUUCUGUGAUCCAAACUAAAUACACUAAUAAUUUCCCAUACAAUUUGAAUUGUUUCAUUGCUUAUAGGAAACCACAUCCUUUGGGUGUGUGCUUGCAUUUUAUACCUUUCUUCAAAGAACCGUCACUGGCUCUGCUCUUAGUCUCUCCAAAGACUAAUGGGCAUUGGAAUAAGGUGGAUGAUUAACCCUCAACUACUUUUUAGUGAAGUUAAAUGUAAAAUUUAUUGUCAAAUUUUAGUCCUUGAUAACCACUGUAUGCAAUUGAAAAUGUCGAAAAAUUAGAUGUCUAAGAUUCACUGAACACGUAAUAGUUGAGAAUUAAUGGGUGAGAUACUGCCAUGGGUGAGAAAGGUGCUGUUUUACCGAAGGAUGAUGCCAUAGGUUGUUUGGCUUCAUAAAAGCAAUACCUUUCUUAAGGAGGUCUAGAUGGAGGACAUGGUUGUGGGGUAAUAUACAAUAUUUUGUGUCUGAUCCAUCAAAGCAUGAUCAAUA